AUAUUUUCUGAUUCUUCCCUGACUGCCUUGGUUUUACCUGCUAUAUGUCUUUAGCAUGGUUCUAAGCACCAUCUGUUGGAUCACUUUUUCUCUUUAACAAAAGAGUCAUGCGCUUCUUUCGUAGAGAUGGCCAUAACUGGCACAAGAAGAAAGACGAAAGGACUGUCGGAGAGGCACACGAACGCCUUAAGGUUGGAACUAUCGAAGCCUUAAAUUGUUACUAUGCACAUGGAGAGCAGAACCCUACUUUCCAGAGGCGGAGCUAUUGGAUGUUGGAUCUGGCAUAUGAGCAUAUUAUUCUUGUGCAUUAUAGAACAACAAGUGAGGUGACUCUUUAUAACUUGAUUCUCGAUAAACAUGAUAAUAGUACUUUGUCCUAUUGAUAUUUACCUUUAUUUAAAUGGUUCAUGCUAUAUCCUGACCAGUUUAUAUUUCUUCUAUAAGUUUGUUAUGGUGGUUUUUCUUUUCUUUGCUAUUGGUAUUAACAUGAUAUUUACUAUUUCUAUUGAUCCAUCUCUCUAUUCUCUCUUAUUUUCUAGUUCUGAAGUGAAAUACAAGGACACUGAUAUAAGAGAAAAUGGCUAUUGUUACUAAGAUUUCUCAUGUUCUAUGACUUUUUUGUAAGAAUAGCAUUUUGUAAGGGGUUUGUUCAAAUUGUCUAGAUCAAACAUUUAGAAGCUCAAGAACUUUGUAGGUUC